CUCGGUAACCCACCCAACCCAAGCAAACCAAAAACAUUUUCUUCUCUGCUUACAGUUUUUUUUGGGCUAAAUUGUAAUUUUAAUAUUUCUUAUUAUCUCUAAAUUUUUAUAUAAUAUCACCCAAUCCACGAUAAAUCUAAUCGAUUUAUUUUCUUCUUCUUUCUUUCCCUCUGUUUCUAUUUUUCCAUAUCUGUUCUCUUGUUCAACGAAUUGCGGUGACAUCGCAUUUUUGGUUCGAUCUUUGUGGUUUUAGGGUUACAGUCUCAGAUUUGGAUUCGUCUAGCUUCUGGAUCGGAGCUGCAGGUUUUGGAUUUUGGGGAUUUUAAGAAAAGAACCAAAAUGAGUAACCAGAAGAAAAGGAAUUUUCAGAUUGAAGCUUUCAAACAUAGGGUUGUGGUGGAUCCCAAAUACGCAGAGAAGACAUGGAAGAUUUUGGAGCAUGCAAUCCAUGAGAUUUACAAUCAUAAUGCUAGUGGACUUAGUUUUGAGGAGCUUUACAGAAAUGCCUACAAUAUGGUGCUUCACAAAUUUGGUGAGAAGCUGUACACGGGGCUGGUUAUCACCAUGACUUCUCAUCUCAAAGAAAUAUCAAAAUCUAUUGAAGCAGCUCAGGGAGGCUUGUUUCUUGAAGAACUAAACAGGAAAUGGAAUGAUCACAAUAAGGCUUUGCAAAUGAUCCGAGACAUAUUGAUGUACAUGGAUAGGACUUAUAUUCCAAGUACGCAAAAAACCCCUGUUCAUGAGCUAGGGUUGAACUUAUGGAGGGAUAAUAUUGUCCAUGCCGCUAAGAUUCAGACAAGACUUCUUAAUACGCUUCUUGAACUAAUACUUAGGGAGCGGACUGGUGAAGUUAUUAACAGGGGCCUGAUGAGAAACAUAAUAAAGAUGCUGAUGGAUUUGGGUCCAUCUGUUUACCAAGAAGACUUUGAGAAACCUUUUCUUGAUGUUUCAGCUGAGUUCUAUAAGGGUGAGUCACAAAAGUUUAUUGAGUGCUGUGAUUGUGGAGAUUAUUUGAAGAAGGCUGAGAGACGUUUGAAUGAGGAAGUGGAAAGGGUCACACAUUACUUGGACACAAGGAGCGAAAGUAAGAUAACUAAUGUGGUGGAGAAAGAGAUGAUUGCAAACCACAUGCUGAGAUUAGUGCAUAUGGAAAAUUCGGGUCUGGUAAACAUGCUUCUUGAUGAUAAGUAUGAAGACCUUAAAAGAAUGUACAACUUGUUUCGACGGGUUCACAAUGGUCUCUCAACAAUACGCGAGGUGAUGACUUCUCACAUCAGAGAAACUGGUAAACAACUAGUUACUGAUCCUGAAAAGUUGAAGGAUCCAGUGGAAUUUGUUCAACGGCUCUUGGAUGAAAAAGACAAGUAUGAUAGGAUUAUUAGUUCAUCAUUUAACAAUGAUAAGACAUUUCAAAAUGCUUUGAAUUCUUCAUUUGAGUUCUUCAUUAAUCUGAACCCUCGUUCACCUGAGUUUAUAUCUUUGUUUGUUGAUGAGAAGCUCCGUAAAGGUUUGAAGGGGGUUAGCGAAGAGGACGUAGAAAUAAUUCUUGACAAGGUGAUGAUGUUGUUCCGUUACCUGCAGGAAAAAGAUGUAUUUGAAAAAUACUAUAAACAGCAUUUGGCGAAGAGGCUUUUAUCUGGAAAAACUGUCUCUGAUGAUGCCGAAAGAAGUUUGAUAGUUAAGCUUAAGACGGAGUGUGGAUACCAGUUUACCUCAAAAUUAGAGGGUAUGUUUACAGACAUGAAAACUUCACAAGACACGAUGCAAGGGUUUUAUGCAAGUCAUCCUGAACUAGGAGGUGGCCCUACAUUGACUGUCCAGGUUCUGACUACAGGAUCUUGGCCAACUCAGCCUAGUGUUACAUGCAACCUUCCGGCAGAAAUGUCAGCACUUUGUGAGAAGUUUCGGUCAUAUUACCUUGGAACCCAUACUGGUCGGAGAUUGUCCUGGCAAACUAACAUGGGCUCGGCUGAUAUAAAGGCCUCUUUUGGAAAGGGCCAGAAGCACGAGUUAAACGUGUCGACUUAUCAAAUGUGUGUCCUCAUGCUAUUCAACAAUGCUGAUCGGCUUAGCUAUAAGGAGAUUGAGCAGGCCACAGAGAUUCCUGCUCCAGAUCUAAAGAGGUGUCUGCAAUCCCUAGCUUGUGUCAAGGGAAAGAACGUCCUUCGGAAAGAGCCGAUGAGUAAAGACAUUGGUGAGGACGAUGCAUUUUUUGUUAAUGACAAGUUUGCCUGCAAAUUCUACAAGGUUAAGAUAGGAACAGUAAUUGCACAAAAGGAGUCAGAACCUGAAAAACAGGAGACCCGUCAGAGAGUGGAGGAGGACAGGAAGCCUCAGAUUGAAGCUGCAAUAGUGAGGAUCAUGAAAUCAAGGAAGACUCUGGAUCAUAACAACAUAAUUGCUGAGGUGACUAAACAGCUGCAAUCUCGGUUCUUAGCUAACCCAACGGAGAUUAAGAAACGCAUUGAGUCCCUCAUUGAGCGUGAUUUUUUGGAAAGGGACACUACAGACAGAAAAUUGUAUCGUUAUCUUGCCUAAAACAAUUCCUUUGCUUUUUUUAGCAUUUGAAAAGUGAUAUUGUAACUUUUUUUAGGUAAUGGAAUAUUGGUUUUGAUUUUAUGGAAGCCUCAUUUUUAUUA